AGUAAUUUUUAGUUGCUGAAUACCCGUGCCAUUAUUCGUCCACUCCUCGGUGAGCCGACAUAACGCCUAGGUAAGCUAUCAACACCAUACCUGAGUCGUAUUUCGUGUCAUGCAUUUCCCCUCUGUUUUCUCUCUGAUGAUCUCGGCUGUCUCCCUUUGCAUGCAAGUGAUUCCCCACUGGGGCGAUUAUUGCCUCACGCAUGUUUGGCGAGGGAUGUGAUAUAGGAUACCCAAACCACCCCGUGUAAACUCAUUGUCAUCGCCACGUGACGUCAGUGGGGGCCGCGCCGCCUGCACAGGACGAGCCAGGGACGAGCAUGGAACGGCCGGUGUUGCGAGCGAUACCUGUUGCCGACGGACCUGACCCUGAGCCCUGCCUCGUUCAAACAAAACCACCCUGGCCUUACCGGUGCGUGGGUGGCCUCUCCAGGCGUUACCAUGGCAACGGCAUUGAUUUGUGACGUCACAGCCGAUGCGCGACAGAAACGACGCGUCGGCGGCGGCGGCGGCGACGGCCGUCCGCGCGCCAUACGGUCCAGUUUGCAGCCGCCGGUGGACGGGCGGCGCGAUGGCUCAGCUCCGCGUCGUCACCGCGCUGGCCGCCAUCGCCGCCGCCGCCGUCAGCCCCGGCGAGACGUUCGUCUUCCGGCACCACGACAACACCGAACUGCUGGAGAUCCUGGAGGACGUGCACUCGCGAUGUCCGGACAUCUCCGAUGUGUACGAGCUGUCGGAGACGUCAGUUCGAGGCGUGCCGCUGGCGGUCAUCGUCCUUGGAAAACAGCCGUCCAAGCAUACACCCCUGGUUCCGGAGUUUCGGUACAUCGCCAACAUGCACGGUAACGAGGUGCUGGGCCGUGAGCUGCUGCUCAAACUAGCCGACUAUCUCUGCGAGGAAUAUCGCAAGGAUAACCCCGAGGUCAUUCGUCUACUAGCCAGAACUCGUAUCCAUCUGAUGCCGACCAUGAACCCAGACGGAUGGGACAUCGCAACCAGAUCGGAGCACCGCGGCUAUGUGACCGGUCGGGCCAACGCCAACCGUGUGGAUCUGAACCGAGACUUCCCGGACCUGGACCGGCUGGCGUACCGUCUACAGGAGCAUCAGAUCGGAGCCAACAAUCAUCUGAUGGAUCUCGUGACGGGACUCGAUCAUCUGCCCCAGCCGGAGACGAUGGCCCUGAUGCGGUACAUCGUGGACCAGCCGUUCGUCCUAUCCGCCAACAUGCACGGCGGGGAUUUGGUGGCUAACUAUCCGUACGACGAGUCCAGGACAGGAUCGCCCACCGACUACUCCAAAUCGCCCGACGAUAACACCUUCAGGCAUCUGGCACUGGCGUACGCCCAGUCGCACGCGCGUAUGGGAGAUCCCAAGACGCGAGCCUGCGUCGGCUCCCACAACUUCUCCAGCACUGGGGGCAUCACCAACGGAGCCGCCUGGUACACCGUGGCAGGAGGCAUGCAGGACUUCAACUACCUGGCGUCGAACGACUUUGAGAUCACGCUGGAGCUGGGCUGCGACAAAUACCCCCCGAAGAGUGUGCUCGAACAGGAGUGGAAGGAUAACCUGCCCGCCCUCAUCAACUUCAUCUGGCAGGUUCACACCGGAGUAAAGGGUCUGGUGACAGACUCCAAAAACCGGCCCAUUGGCGGCGCCAUUGUGCACGUCAAGAACAUCACUCAAAUCAACGAUACCAUGAGCCGAAACCACGACAUCAACCAUGACGUCACCACAUUCCGUGACGGCGACUACUACCGGCUGCUGACGCCCGGAGAGUAUGAGGUCACGGUCUCGGCACCCGGCUACCUCUCCCAGAAACAGCGGGUCAACGUGGUGAACGCGCCGCAGUCCGAGGCGGCCGUGGCGCACUUCAAACUGGAGGACGACACUAGCGCCACCGCCGGCGUCGACGGCAGCCAGGCGAACUUUGAGGGCGGAUUCGAACUGGAGCGCCCCAGUGUGCCGGAGCAGGUCGAUGAAAACGGCCUGAGGGCAGGUCGUCUGGAGGCUGUGCGUCGCAGCUGGAUCAACUCACUCUACGGCACCGGGCGCAGCUACUGAAAACGGUAGACGCCGACCGAGACGACAGAAAAUGGUAGGAGAGGCGGUGUGGUAGCCAGCGAGGCGGAGAAGUUGGUCUUCUGAAAGCGGUAGAAUUGCCCGCGCAGUGGGAUGGUGAUCUUCUGGUGAUCUUCUGGUAUCGGUAGGGUAGAAUUUAAUCCUAUCGUGUGACUGCUGCUAUUCUAUUCGGGUCUACUGAUCUCAGAAGAUUAUACCGCUGCCAGCGGUUCCUGUGAUCGCACGCAUAGUCAAGGUGAUUUAUCCACUUCUUCUCGGCUCGCCGGAAGAACGAAGACAUGCCGAUGAACGAGAACUAGCAAAGAUGAUAAAUUUGAAUGUGAUACGCAGUAUAUAGCUGCGUGCCGAUUCGUAUGGCAUAUAUCUAGGUCCUGUUUCCAGUAUUGUACGUAAAGUUAAACAAACAAGCGGGCGAGAGGACCAUCAGAUUAGAGACAGUGGAAACACUAAGCACAAGCUUUACUAUAAGCGAAAUGCUAGUCGGACAUGUAGUUAUUUGCUUAUACAGUUUGGUACAGAGACUCCAUUUCAAUGCGUAGAAAAGAACGGCACUCAUUGACGUAACUCGUUACAGCUUAUCGGUUGUAGACAUAAAGAAAUUAGUUCAAUAUAAAUAUUACAUGUUCCUAUAUUUAUGAGUGCGGUUCUUUUCAAUGCAUUGACGUUUCUCUCCUAAAUCUGACAAGAUCGCACGCCAUUGAUUUGGUUUAAACUAGAUGGCGUUGUACCAUAUAUUGAUGUUUGCUGUAACAUGUUAGAUAUUUUAUUGGUAGAAUAUUUGAAGGAAAUGAUAAAUCAAUAUUUAUGUAUUUGUUCCGCCGCGAAUAUUACUCCAUGGGCGAAUAAAAUAUAUUUUUGGCCCUAAAUGUUGCAAGCAUAAUGUAUGUUGUGUUGGGUUUCGACGCUAAAACAUCUUUAAGCAUAUCCAGCGUCCUUCUUGAAAAAGCAAAAUAUAAGUAUAAAAUCUCG